AUGCCUCCAGUGGCAGACCCAAUUGGGGCCUACCUGCACAGCUCUCUCACCAAGCAUGGCACCAGUGGUCCUGAGGCUACCAUUCUCCAGACCAAGCUACAGCGGGCGCUGCUGAGCCGGGUGGAGUUCGAGCCCGCUGAGCGGCAGCACAGCCACCUGCUGCAGCAGCUCCAGACCAAGUACAUCGUGCUGGGCGAGCGGGACGGGCCGUCCAGCGGCCGCCCGCAGCCGCCCAUCUGCCUCAGCAAGAAGUCGGAGCUGCGCCUGGGCUGGGGCAACGCCAGCUACCCCACCGGCGCCGGCAUGGUCAACCUGGGCAACACGUGCUACCUCAACUCCAGCCUACAGGCGCUGUUCCACGCGCCGGCGCUGGUGCGCUGGCUGUUAGAGGACUCGCGCCACGCGGCGCGCUGCGGCAGCUCCGACCAGUGCACCGUCUGCUCCAUGGCUCGCACACUGCGCUCCACGCACCAGCGCCAGGGCGGCGUCGUCAAGCCUAUCCUCAUCUACUCCAAGCUGAAGCUCAUCUGCAAGCACCUGAUCCACGGGCGGCAGGAGGACGCCCACGAGUUCGUGCGCCACCUGCUAGACAGCAUGCAGCGCUGCCAUCUGUUGGCCAUGCGCGCAACUAAGCUCGACACCCUGAGCAAGGAGACGACACCGCUCAAUCACCUGUUUGGCGGCUACCUGAAGACACAAGUGACGUGUCUGCGCUGUCACCACGCCUCCAUGACCUUCCAGCACUUCCAGGACCUGCUGGUGGACGUGCGGCAGGUGUCCACUGUCGACGACGCCUUGCAUUUGUACUUCAAAAAAGAGCGACUAGAUGGCGCUGACUACAAGUGUGAACGCUGCCGCAUGAAGGUGCCGGCAACGAAGAAGUUCUUCAUCGACGAGACGCCACUCGUCCUCUGCAUACAGCUCAAAAGGUUCAGCCUCGGCGGCGGGAAGAUCACCAAGCACGUGUCUUUCCCCAACAAAUUGAACGUGGCCCGGUUCAUGACCCGUCCUCCGGCCCAGGGUCAGGUGGUGUACUCGCUGGUGUCGCUCAUCAACCACAUGGGGCCGUCGCAGAACUGCGGGCACUACACGGCCAUGGCCAAGGCCGCCAACGGCCAGGUGUACCUGUUCGACGACGCCUCGGUGCGGAUGACCUCCAUGGGCAACAUGCUGAACACCAACGCGUACGUCCUCAUCUACGAGAUGACGUCGGCUACGCGCCAGCUGCUGCUCGGCCCUGCGCCCGGUGAGGACUGCCUGCUUCUGUUUGUGUCCGCCUCCAUCCUGUAUCACCUGUCCAUGGCCUUGUGCUGUCUCAUUUGGCGCCUGCGUUCGGCUCCUUCUGUCGUCUAG